CCUAAAACAAAGAACGAACUUACCAUGAUGCAGCAAUGUAAUAUGCUCGAUGCCCGACUUGAACUUGAGCAACAAUCCACAAGUUCAAGUCGAGUAUACCCCGUUGCAAAUGCACCGAAACCGAAUGCAUUUUCUGUUUGGAAUUCAGUGUUGACUUGUGGUUCACCAUAGGCAGCUGAGCGACUAGAAAGCGGAUUUUGUAUAGUUUAUCUCAGUGCUCAUGUGGAAGUAUUAGAAAUUUCGUAAUUGGUAUACGCUGGCGCUUGAAAAAAAAAUCAACGGAUGGUUGAUGUUCAAAUUCGGUCUCCAACCCAUUGAGAGAUGUCACUUCUAUGCUGCGACAAUCCACUUAAUUUAAUAGCACUCGUAGUGACUGUAUUGGCAAUAUUCCUGUCGUUAUUCAAAUACUAUCUGUACGUUACAUGCGGAAAAAUUACCACCAGUAGAAACAUGGAGGGCAAAACUGUUAUAAUCACCGGAGCCAAUUCGGGCAUUGGCAAGUAAACUGCCCGAGAUUUGGCGAAAAGAGGUGCUCGAAUUAUCAUGGCUUGUCGGAACAUGGAGACCGCCAAACAAGCCCGUGAUGAAAUAAAAGCUGAGUCGAAAAAUCCGAACCUUAUCAUCAAAUACGUCGACGUCAGUUCAUUGAAGUCGGUCCGAGAGUUCGCAAAGGACAUCAUCGACACGGAGCAGGUGAUCGAUGUUCUCAUUCAUAACGCUGGUGUGGCACAAGGGUACUUCAAUCGGCCAACCGCCGAUGGACUGGAAUUCACCAUGGCUACCAAUUACUAUGGACCGUUCUUGUUGACGCAUCUGUUAAUCGAACCCCUGAAACGUUCGCAACAGGGUCGAAUUGUGGUGGUAUCUUCGAAACUUUACCGCUACGCCGGAGUUAAACGAGAUCUGAGUAACAUCAACCCGCUGAACUAUUUCUCCCUGUUUCCGGUUCAUUUGUACAAUCUGUCCAAGUUUGUUGAGAUCAUGUUCACCCAGGAGUUGGCUCGACGUCUAGAGGGAACCCGUGUCACGGCCAACUGCUUGCAUCCAGGGGUGAUCGAUACGGGUAUCUGGCGCAAUAUCCCAUUCCCGAUAAGUCUACUGUUUAAACCCAUUCAGAUGUGCUUCCGGACGCCGGAAGAAGGUGCCAGGACGACGGUUUAUUUGACCAUUUCGCCUGAUGUAGAACAGAUUAGUGGACAGUACUUUCGCAAUUGUAAAGUGACGGAACUCAACCAGCGAGUACAAGAUAAGGAGAUACAGGGUAAACUUUGGGAUGCCUCUCGAGUUUUGGUGAAACUAACAGAGGAUGAUUCUAGGAUUUAGGUAGACUUGUGCACAACAUAUAUAUGUUUUACUUCUCACAGCUUUAAGUGUUAACUCAAGGGAUUUGGUUAAGAUGCAAUAUAGAAUUAAUUGAAAUUAUUAAGCAUUCAUUUAUUUCAGUUUUAUUCCGAAGUAUGAUACUAUUUUCUAAAAAAGUGACCAUUGAUUCCAUAAUGGGCCCUUAUAUAUAAUAGGUUAUAUCGAUUUCGUGAACUUCGGUCUAUGUCCAGAAUAAAAAAAAAAGAUUCAUUGUAUAGAGAAAUAAAACACACAAAUUUGGUAGAAAAGUUUCUCGGCCGUGAUAGAGUAACCAAAAUGCAGAUAAGAACACUUGUUAGACAUUAAAAUAUUUUUUUACAUGCAACUAUGUUUUACUUUUUAUUAAACAGUUUUAUUUAGCUUGACUGGUUUGUAAUUUGAAUGUUUGUAUGUCUAUAGCGAUGUCCCACAUUAAUACAAACAGCGUUGCCAAUGUUUCAGUUCAAAUUGGAUUUUUCCAGUUUUUUUUCUCGAUACAGUCAAACAGUUAAAUCCUAAAAUCUUCCAGUUUUUCGAAAUAUUAUCCAGUUUUAUCCACUUUUUUAUAUUUGUGCUUCAGUUUUACCCAUCUUAUAUAAAAUAAAGCCACAAUAUAUAAACAUUAUCCCUCCCUCACCCUGUUAAAACUGUUGAAAUAACUUUUUCUGCAUAUAACUUUAACAAAACGAAGAAUAUGUAUAGGCAGGGGAUCAUUAUGAUGGAAGGUAUAAGGCUACGAAAAACUACGAAAACUACUUUUCACGGGGAGUAAUCAGGAGAGAUAAAAAAAGAGAAUAUAAAGUUGAAAUAUAACCACAUAAUGUACGAAAAGCUUAAAAGUAGUGCCAGAAAGAGCGAAGAAGAACAAGAAAAACUAAGGAAAACAUGUAAAGUUUGUAUAUGUUACAAUAAAUAUUUUAUCAAAGAAUUGGGGUUAUUUACUAAUGUGGCAUACAGGAAAACCUCUAUCGCUUAACUUUUAUCCCAUUCCACAGCCUACUCUUUGAGUUUAUAUAAAUAUCAGAUGUUCUAGGACCUUCAAAACAUUCUAAAAUUUAACCCAAAUGAUCUAUCACUUCAACUACGAUUGGUGAAAUGUUCAUAGUAAUAAAUCUCACACAAAAUGGUUUAUAGAGCCCUCGUGCUGGCUUUGAGUGUAUGAACACAUCAGAUGUUCUAGUUCCUUCAAAUCAUUCUUAAAGUCAAAAGAUCAUCUUUAAUCAGUCUUUAAUUUAUAUGAAUAUAAAACCCAAGUAACCUUGCUUCCGUUUACAUCAAUGGGAUAUUACUUUCUUUUGGUCACUCAAAGGAUUAUUAGUUCUAAAUAGCAUUAAUAUUACGCAUGAUUUAAAUUCUCUUAUUUGACGCAUAGUUCGUAAUAAAAAGAUAUAAUGCAUACUUUGCAUAAAAUGUAUUGGCACUAUAGUGUUUAUUUUGCUAGUUAAUUAAAAAAAAAUAAAAAUACUUUCUCGAGUCGAAGGAAAUAUAUAAAGAUACGUCAUUUUAAUAUUGGUA